GUUUAGUCCACUGAUAAGACGUGAAUAUAAAUUUGGGGUCCCACAUUCCGCUGUACACUUUUUGGAGUGAUCGAACACAAAGCUGAACGAAAUGCUGCGCAUCGCCCUUUUCUUUGCUCUUUGCGUUGCUUCUGCGCUCGCAACGGACUUCAGGACUUGUAGCAACGCUCGUCCGGGUCCCGAUACCGUUGUAGUUUCUGGCUGCGAGUCCCUCCCUUGCGACUUUGUCCAUGGCACCGAUUUAGUCAACGAAGUCACAUUCACUUCUGGAAUUGAUGCUGACAAUCUGACACCAAAGGUGUACGUAACCACUCUCGGACUUGUCAUCGACUACCCUCUGCCUAAUCAGGACGUGUGCGCCGAUCUGAUUUUCGGAGGCUGCCCUCUGGUUGCCGGUGAUGUGGCCACCUACAAACUUACCAUGCCUAUUCUCAACGAGUAUCCGCUCGUCUCCAUGACCAUCGAGUUUUCUAUCCUCGACGGCAUCACCAGCGAAACCCUCACUUGCUUCGAGGUUGAUGGACAGGUUGUCAAUGCUUAGUAAGCGUUGAUAACGACGGCAGAAUUUAAAAACGCACACAAAAAAUCAUAACAAUACUCAAAUCUUACAGGAUCAAUAAAAUAAAGAAUAACUGAAAAUAA